CGGCACGUGGCCAGCGGCAGGAUGGCUCCCCGCGGCAGGAAGCGCGGGGCCCGGCAGCCCGCGGCGUCCGAGGCACCGGAACCGGCGGAAGCCCCGCAGAAGCGGGCGCGGGCCGAGGCCCAGGACGAGGGCAGCCCGGGGGGCACCGGCCCCCGCGUCGUCAUCGAGCACUGCAAGAGCUGACGGGUGUACGGCCGCAACGCGGCGGCGGUGAGCGAGGCCCUGCGCGGGGCCAUCGCCCACCUCGCCGUGGACAUCAACCCCCGGCCGCCGCGCAGGAACAGCUUCGAGGUGUCCCUGGUGAAGGAGGACGGCAGCACCGUGGAGCUGUGGAGCGGCAUCGCCAAGGGGCCCCCCCGCAAACUGAAGUUCCCCCAGCCGGAGACCGUGGUGGAAGCCCUGAAGAGCAGCUUGGCAUAGGGGCGUUGUCCAGCCCAGCCAGGACCGGCACCUGCGGCACGAGCGUCCAUGAAGAGGCGAGACCAACUGGGGGGCACUGCCAGCCCCAGUCCUGUCCCCGAUGCUGCAGCUCUGCCACGGCCGGACCCCUGGCUCCCCCCACGCCCCCUUGUUCCCUCCAACCUCCAAUAAAGCUCCACACCCCACAGCACA